AUAACAUAUCUUACGUAUAUAUUCAGACAUGUAUAAUAGAACGCGGAAGUAGUCUUGUGUUGAGUAACGACUGUUGUAUCACUUAAAAAUUCAGUGAAAUUCUCUUUCGGUGGAUUGUCUAUUUUAUUAUCAAGUUAUGUCUGGACAUUUUAUUUACGUUUAUUACCAGUUAUAUAUUGGUUAAACCCAGGUGUAAGUUUAACAAAUGUUGAUCUUUUACCUUAUCAAUUUUAAUCUACAUUUAUUGAUAUCUAUUGAAUAAUCACUUGCCUUGAUAUCUAUAAUCACACCAUCUUGAUAUCUAUAAACAAUUCAAUUUCACUUUUAUUCCUGUGCUGAACAACGACAAGAACGGCGCUAAUCCAUCGUCGUUUCCCUUUCCUUAACUGCUGUCAAAUGUUUAAACCAACUUUCAUAACAAUCAACGGUUUUUUGUUCUCCUGAUACAUUUCUGGACAUUCAUACAUAUUCCGAUCAGUCAUGGACUACGAAAAGGCACAAUGUCUAAAAGGUAUAUUAUUUAAUGAAAAAUCACCUGAAGAUGUUGAAAAGUGGUCUGAUGAGGAAAGUACCAGAUAUGAUAUGGAUCCUAAUAAACGUAAUCUGGCCGUUAUAAUCACUAACGAAAAAUUCAAGGAAUUGAAUUUUCGGGAAGGAGCUGAUGAAGAUACACGAACAAUUAAAAAUGCAUUGGAAUCAUUAGAUUUUGAAGUGGAAGAAUUGAAGAAUCAAUCAGUUAAACAGAUGAAAAAAGCCUUACGGAAAAUACAAAAUAAAGGAGGGAAAUACAACUGCUUUGUUUGUGUUAUAUCAACUCACGGUAAAAUCGGAGACAAGAUAUGUGGCAAUGACAAGGAAGUACUUAUUGAGGAUUUAGUGGAGGAGGUACUUCCUGGUAAAUGUCCAGGUUUAGAAGGUAAACCAAAACUAUUCUUCAUACAAGCCUGUCGUGGAAAAAAAACGGACGAGGGUGCAAGUCAGAACAGUGCUAUUAAAACUGAAAAGGUAGACGUUACUGAUAUCAUAACUCACAAAAUACCCGUUUGGGUAGACGUACUUGUAGCUUAUUCAAGUGUCUCGGAAUAUUACUCCUGGAGAAAUGUAACCGAUGGAUCUUGGUUUCUUCAAGCGUUAGCUUACAUUUUACAACACUACGGAAAGAAACUUGAGCUGCAAGAAUUAAUGCUUUUGGUUAAUCAUGUGAUUGCGUCUAAAGAGACUAGAAGCACCGAUUGUGAAAAGAACAAAAAGAAACAGAUUCCUUCAAUAUCGAACACGUUAACAAAGGAACUAUACUUUGAGAAGUAAAAAUCUUCCUUUCUCUUACGUUCCCCCUCCUCACUCUUUAACUUUCUCUCUCCUUCAUCCUCUCCACACUCACACAUAUAUUUACGCAUAUAGGUAUAUGUAUAUAUAGGAACACAAAUAAGCAUGCAUAAAUACACACAUACAGACACACACUCAUGUAUGU